CAGUACGAGUACCGUAGACUAUCAAGCCUCUGCGAGUGGUCGCCCCGGCAUUGACUAGCGCCUGCUCCAGCGCCAAAGCGUUUGACGACUUUAGAGGUAUCAUACGGUAUUCGAGUGCAAGUACGGUAGCUGAGUAGAUGCGAUGGAUGAGAUAAGAUAAGGUAAGGUUGUUGUCACCCAGGACUGGUAGGGAGGUUGAGCCCCACCACAGGAAAAGAGAUUUCCCGCUUCCCGCGAACGUCUCGUGCUGUCGCCACCUACCGGUAUGACUCUAUAAUGUAAUGCGCCUCCUGAACCUUUACUCAAAAACCUUCUCCCAACCUUUCGCGACGUUUCCUAGCUCUCCUCUCAAUCUGAAAACCAUGGCUGGGAAAUGUGUUCUGGCCCCGAUGGUGCGUACCGGGGAGCUUCCAACUCGUCUCUUAGCCCUUAGGUACGGCGCAGAUUUAGUAUGGGGUACUGCUUCCCUGGAUCUCCCUUAAAUUCAGGAUGAGGGUUCUAACUCCUAUAGGCCCUGAGACGGUGGAUAAGGGAAUUAUUGGAACACAACGAGUCGUAAACUCAAAAAUCAACUGUAUCGAUUUCGUUAAACCGCAGAACGGAGGACAAUAUGACGAGAAAGUCAUUUUCAGAACUUACCCUACGAUGGAAGCCGGUAAAUUGAUAUUUCAGCUUGGUACUGCAUCGCCGGAGUUGGCAGUGGAGGCUGCGAAGAUCGUUGUGAGCGAUGUGGCGGGAAUUGACGUUAACUCUGGGUGUCCGAAGGUAUGCCUCCUUAAGUUGUGAGCCGGAGCUGUACUCAUUUGCUAUAGCAUUUUAGUAUUCACUCCGGAAUGGGCGCUGCUUUACUCAAGAACCCGGAUAGGCUUGUUGAUAUCCUCACUUCGCUCGUCACAGAAGUAGGGGUGCCUAAUUCCGUCCCUAUUUCGGUCAAGAUUCGCCUCCUGGAGCCGCACUCGGACACCAUUGGUCUGGUGCAACGGCUUUGCACGACCGGCAUAUCCCGAGUAACUGUCCACUGCCGGACAAUUCCUAUGCGCCCUCGCGAGCCGGCUGUCCGAGACGUCCUCUCCGAUAUUGCUAAUGUUUGUCGCGAAGCUGGGAUUGAAUGUUUUGCGAACGGGGAUGUUGACUCUCGAGCGCAUGCUGAGGAGCUUAUCGGAAAACACGGUGUGGAUGGAUGCAUGAUUGCCCGCGCAGCGGAAACAAAUCCGUCUGUUUUUCUUCCGGGCGAGAAACUCCCGUGGUUAGAUGUUGCCAAGGAGUAUACGAGGAUAGCCGUAGAAGUGGACAAUCACUUCCCGAAUAUCAAGUUCUGCCUUUCGCACAUCAUACCCGGGAAGACAGAUCUAUACCCUCUGAUAUCGAGGUCUAAGACCGCCCGGCAAAUAUGCGAAAUCUUGGAGAUCCCUUACGAACCACCAGCGCCAAGGCUGGAGGAGAACCUGGAUAAGGCUUUUGGAAAGGCGGCGAGGGCCGAAAUGGUGGGCUCCAAGGCCGUACAGAAGGCCAAGUCUUCAUCAACGGUUAAGGCUGCCGGAGGCGGAGACUCCGUCAAGCAUAGGGAAAAGAAACGGAAGGAAAGAGGGGUUGGGCUCCACUCGGAAAUUACCGGUAUUCUAGAACAGGAACCUCAUCAAGCAGCGAUAAUAUUAUAACCUAGAUGCGUGGCAUUUGACUUGUUCCGUGCACUCUAUUGGAUACGUCAUAGGGGCAUAUAUACCGGCGUUUGUGGUUUUGUUGUUUUACCUUUUGCAUGAAUAAAAAAAAACCAGCUAUUUCUCCUUGUCCCUCUUUCGCGCUUUAUGUAACUGAGAGGGCCUAUAGUCUACUCGUAGAGAGUAGGUCGUGUGUUCACGAUCGACAGCAUAAAUCGUGGGCGGAGAGUAGUCAGAGAAUCCGCUCGAGUACGAGUUCUCUUUGCCUCGUGGCCAGCUCUCCUUAUUGUUCCAAUGCUAUUAGCAAGAUACGGUACAUGAGAAAAUCAAGGUUCUAUAUAACCAAAGCUCCUACAGCAGAGAUAGCAGCACUAUCUUCAGGCAGCACUUUCAGGAGCUCUACAUUCCACUCCCGCAUAACGCUCCCGGUGAAACAUUAUAAGGGGGAAGCAUAAGGUGCCCACCAGAGCCUACCGUAGAAUCAUCUCCCGUGAUGUACGAGUAGCGGUAUAUACAGCAGAGAGAAGUGGGCCGCCCCUGAAUCCUAAUGCUCCCACUCCACGGUACCGGCAGAAUGUGAUAGACAUGUCAGAUCUGAGUUACAAACCCCGGUAUCGGACACACCAUCCUCAAGCAUACCGCCACCGCAACACACUUCAUCUCUUUUCGCGCUGUUCCAGCCGGAUACCCGGACAGCACCCCGAAAGCUCCAAGCCGAGUAUCAUGCAAGUGCGGGUAGCGGUACCGCGGGAUCGGGUCAGGUACGGGAGAAGCCCUCCGCAUUCGAAUGCGGUCCUGACCACUUUAUCGGCGUUCAGUAUGCGAGCGAUUGAUGGUUUUUCAUACAAAUGAGUAGCAUAUCGGGUGAGUGCCCGACUAUAUGACGGGGUGCAGUACCCGAAGCCCAUCGUGGGCAGAGUAGCCUUCCGUAGUUACCGUAUCCAGCCGAAGUUGUUAUGUAGGGCAUUUUACUAGGGGAGCAAGUGCAGGAUUGUUAUCGUUUGAAAGGGCGUUUGAGGGGGAUAUUCCGAUUGGUGGGGCAUGAUAGCUGUUGUUUGGAUUGAAGCUUAUGGGCGUAAAUUUACUUCGUUCGUUUGAGGAUUAAGGUUGAGGUGCGUUUGGUAAGAGCCUCCUCAUCGAUCCGGGGGGUUACUCUGAGAAUACUUGUACCGGUAGUAGUGGUUUAUUCCUUUCGUCUGCGAGUACUCGUAAUUGUAGCCUGGAGAUUGGGCGGCGAAUCGAUUGAACUUAAUUUAUUCGAUAUGAUAGCCCACCAUCUCUCGAUAACCCGCAUCCCAUUUCCAGGGGACCCCGCUGUCUAAGCGAAUAUUUUAGCACCGAGUGAGCGCGGAUGAAGCAGUUGACGCCUACAUCUACGUCAUAAAUCUGCUACCGGUACAAGUACCGUACUGUACCUACAAUCCGAACUUUCGGACUCCUAAAGACGAGAAUGAUAAGAGAUGGUGAUAUCAGAGACCCUCGAACAGUGUUCCCCACAAUUGAAAGCUCCCGUGUUC